AAACAGCAGAGUUCUUAUCAUUGCAAGCGCCUGGCAACUAUUUAAGCAAAACAGCUGUCAUUGCCGCUUUCUUUGCAAGAUAAUAAAACAUUAAUUUAGAAUGCGAGUAAAGGAGUUAUCUUUACUAUGCAUUGCAUUUUUUUUGGUGAGCUGCUGCAUGGGCAAACCUGAGACAGCAAUACUGCCGGAGGCGUAUGUCGAUGCCGCACAGAGAUCGACGCAUACAAAUAACUGGGCCGUGUUGGUGGAUGCGUCGCGGUUUUGGUUUAAUUACCGGCAUGUGGCGAAUGUGCUGUCGAUUUAUCGGUCCGUGAAGCGUCUUGGCAUACCCGAUUCCCAAAUAAUUCUGAUGAUAGCCGACGACAUGGCCUGCAAUGCCCGUAAUCCACGUCCAGGCCAGGUCUACAAUAAUGCCAAUCAACAUAUUAAUGUGUAUGGCGACGAUGUGGAGGUCGAUUAUCGCGGCUAUGAGGUCACUGUCGAGAACUUUGUGCGUCUGCUCACCGGACGCACCCAGAACGGUACGGCGCGCUCCAAAAAGCUUUUGUCCGAUGCUGGCAGCAAUGUUCUCAUUUAUCUGACGGGACAUGGCGGUGAUGGUUUCCUGAAGUUUCAGGACUCUGAAGAGAUCACCAGCCAGGAGCUGGCCGACGGCAUACAGCAGAUGUGGGAGAAGAAAAGAUACAACGAACUCUUCUUUAUGGUGGACACCUGCCAGGCGGCUUCGCUCUAUGAGAAGUUCACAUCGCCCAAUGUCCUGGCAGUUGCCAGCAGUUUGGUCGGCGAGGAUUCGCUCUCACACCACGUAGAUCCGUCCAUUGGCGUCUAUAUGAUUGAUCGCUAUACUUACUAUGCUCUAGAGUUCCUGGAAAAGGUGCAGCCAUUUAGCAAACGCACUAUUGGCGAAUUUCUGCAAGUCUGCCCGAAGCGUGUCUGUAUUUCAACCGUUGGAGUUCGCAAGGAUCUGUACCAACGAGAUCCUCACAAGGUGCCCAUUACAGACUUCUUUGGCGCCAUACGUCCCACACGCGUCUCCACCGAACGCAUCAACGUAACGCUCGCCAACGAGGAGGAUUUCUGCCUGGAUGCGGAAGUGGAUGCGGCCGAGAGUGUGCGGAAAAAGGAUUUUAAAGUCAUCAUCGAGUCACAAUUUCCCAUUGAAUUCUUCAAAUAAGUUCAUUCCCAUUUGCAUGCUCAGAAGCUACAUUAUUUAAUGCUCUGACCAGAGAUCGAGUCGCGCUUACUUCUAGUUGAUUCAACAAAUUAAUAAAUAAGGAAACUCUUCUUUUUGUUUUGAA